AUGGAUUUGGAAGUAGCUGCUGCACCAUUUGCUCCACCUUCUAGGGAUUUGGCCAAAUGUUGCAAUUGUGGAUGUAGUAGCUGUUCUACGGGCUCUUCCUCCUCUGGGCCCUGGAUAAAAUCUGUGAAGAGGAAAUAUGAUGAAUUUGAGGGGAAGCCUUUUGUUAUACCGGGUCUCGACCUCAUUUCAAAUCCACGGAUCCAAAUUGAGAAUGAAAUUGUUGCCCUGAGAGAGAGCGUCAGUAGCCAACAGCAGGCAAUCCAGGAUUUAUAUGCUGAACUGGAAGAGGAGAGAAAUGCUGCUUCCUCAGCUGCAAAUGAGGCCAUGUCUAUGAUUUUGAGGUUGCAGAGGGAAAAGGCCGAGGUCCAGAUGGAGGCAAGACAGUUCAAGCGUUUUGCAGAGGAGAAGAUGGCCCAUGAUCAGGAAGAGCUUGCGUCAUUGGAAGAUGUGUUGUACAAGAAAGAGCAGGCUAUUCAAUCUCUUACCUGCGAAGUGCAAGCCUACAAGCAUAGGAUGUUGAGUUAUGGGCUUACAGAGUCUGAGGUAGAAGGUGGGUUUAGCCGGAACCAGAGUAUGUCUGAUAAUAUGGGCUCGCAGUUUGAUUUCCCAGAAUAUGAUUACCCGCCACUGAAGUGCAAUUUGAAUGAGAACCAAGCUGCUGCUGAGGCUGAUGAAGAAGAAGUUGUGGAUGUUGAGAAAUAUGCAUUUGGCGAGACUCCUCGUUAUGGGGAAGUCCCUUGUCAUAACGAUACUCCUCGCGGUAACGAUCAUUUGAAGAAUCUGGAAUAUAGAAUCUACCAGAUGGAGAGGUCUCCUAGGAGCAGUCAAUUGGAUGCUGAUGUUUCUGGUGGGAAUGGGAAACAUAUUUUGGAGAAGGUGAUAGUUGAAUCACCUUCAUACAAGUUCCCUAAUAGCUUUAAGAAAGCAGAUUAUGUUACUCAUCCGGAAGAACACAAGUUUCCAAGGAAGGCAGAUUAUAAUGCCUCAGAAUUUGAAGACGAGAUGGAUGACAGAGUUUAUACCAUUGAUUCUGUGCACAAUGGGGUAAAUGAUCAUAAAGAGGAUUAUGUUUCAAGCCCAAGAACAGAAAUGUUUGAUCAGCCUGACCUGAGUGAUCCUGAUAUAAAGAAACUAUACACAAGGCUCCAUGCACUUGAGGCUGACAGGGAAUCAAUGAGGCAGGCAAUUAUCUCAAUGCGUACUGACAAAGCACAAUUGGUACUACUGAAAGAAAUUGCCCAGCAGUUGUGCAAGGACAUGACACCUGAGCGUAGAGUACCGGUGAAGAAGCCCUCUAUUGCAGGAGCCCUUAAAUUCAUAUCUGUUGUCAAGUGGGUUACAUCCUUUGCCUUCUGGAGGAAGAGAGCUCGCCAAAGCAGCAGGUACAUGUUUGGAGCUUCAAGUGAUAGUGAUGGCUUGCUAAUGCUUCUGGACAAAAAUGCACGAGCAAGGCAGCAUUGGAGAUUUCUGUCAAGAACCCACCUGUAA